CAAUGGUUGUUGACUUGUUGGGCUGAGACUUGAGACUUGAGACCUGAGAGUAUUUUAAUGCGGUGUUUUCUCCAAUUUGCUACUCCGUAUCAUUUAGGCCCCUAAAUUAAACCUUACAAUACCAUAAUUAAUUUACUUUAGAUUAAUCCAACAGAAACAGACAAAAAACAGCCCAAGUUUAAUUUAAUUUACUCCCCUUCAUUUCCUUCCCACUUCGCCAUGGUCAACGCCUUCUUCAACAAGAUGAAAUGGGAAAGAUCCAGAGAUCAAAAUUCAGGAAAUUAGGAGAGAGAAGAAAAGGCAUAAUUGGCUUCAUGUGGAGGUACAACUGUGCAUCUGAGCUCAAGCUCGUCUUUAUCGCUCUCCUCCUUUUCUGCUCCGUCGCCACCGUCUUUCAAUUCCUACCCACCCGCUUUUACCCCUUCUUCACCAAUGUCACCUCUUGCCCCACCACCACAAUCAUCUCCACCACCACCUCAACCACCACCCUACCUCCACCCCAACAACCCACCGAUCAAAUCCUCGAAACCGGCCACAUAAAACGAUCCUUCUACCCCGUCGGGACCGCCGCGUAUAAUUUCGUCUUAAUGUCCGCCUACCGCGGCGGUCCCAACACUUUCGCCGUCAUCGGCCUCUCUUCAAAACCCCUCCACGACUACGGCCACCCCACCUACACUUGCGAAUACCAAACCAAUCAAAACAACAAUAACACUUCCUCUUCCUUUUCCUCUUCUGUAGUUGAAGGAAACAAACUGUCCUUCCAAGACUUCGGGUUCGCCCGUGCCUAUGUCGUAAUAGUGGUCAACUGUACAUUCCCUCAACUAACCACCACCACCACCACAACUGGAGGCCGACUCCUCCUCCACGCCUCCACCAACGGCGGUUACGAUCGUUCCAUCAACUCAACCGAUACAAUCAUAGCCCUAACCGAGCCACCAAACUCAUGGCACCCAUCCCAAUUUCUCUCUCCUCCGAAAUACGACUACCUAUACUGCGGGAGCUCUUUAUUCGGCAACCUCAGCCCUCAAAGAGUCCGUGAGUGGAUCGCUUAUCACGUGAGAUUAUUCGGUGCAAAGUCUCACUUCGUCUUCCACGACGCAGGUGGGAUCCACCCGGAAGUAAUGGAGGUGUUAAAACCAUGGAUUGAGCUCGGGUUUGCUACUGUACACGAUAUUAAAGACCAAGAGAGAUUUGAUGGGUUUUAUCAUAAUCAGAUGUUGAUUCUGAAUGAUUGCUUGCAUCGACAUCGUUUCGCAACGAAAUGGAUGUUUUUCUUUGAUGUGGAUGAGUAUAUCUAUUUGCCAGGGGAUUCGUCUCUUGAUUCAGUCAUGGAUACGCUUGGUGGUUAUACUUUGUUCCAGAUUGAGCAAUCUUCUAUGUCUAAUCGUCUAUGCCUUGCUCAGGAUGAUGGUCAAUUUAACAAAAAAUGGGGAUUCGAGAAGCUGGUGUACAAGAACACUAAAAAGAUUAGGAGAGAUAAGAAGUACGCUAUACAACCACGGAAUGUAUACGCAACAGGGGUUCAUGCAUCGGAGAACUUUGUUGGUAAGUCCACGCGAUUACCGGACAAUUUGAUGAAGUACUUUCACUAUCAGGGCACGGUUGCUCAGCGGCGAGAGCUGUGCCAACAACUCGUUCAAGACGGUUCUACCACCGUGGAAAAUGUCCCAUAUGUUCGCGACACUUCCCUUAGAUUAAUGGCUCCUUCAGUUAAAAAGUUUGAGCUUGACACUAUUGGUUAUAGACUUCAAGACACAAGGGUAUAAUAUUACUGAGUAGCUACCAAUUUAUUUCAAUUCUUGUGCAAUUCUUUUUUUAAUUUUUAGUUUGUACUCCUAUUAUUUUGAUUAUUAUACAUAGAGAAUACGGUAGACCCAUAGGUGAAAUUAUUAACUUUAUUUCCCAGAUGAUUUUACGGUAGCUACAAUAAAAUUGUAGCCAUGGUAACAAACUCCAUCUAUACCGUUCAUUUGUAUGCAUUUAAUUUUGACCAUUCA